CGCACCGACAGGAAGAGACAGGAGAGGAGAGAAGCAACUUCAGAGAGCUUUGUUUUCUUCCAGCGACAAGUUCAUCUGAAUUUAUCAGAAUGAUGCUGCAGCACCCGGGUCCCUCGCUGGCUGACAUCAGCUGCUCCGCCCUGGUGCCCUGCCUUUCCCCGCCGGGCACGCUCACCCUGGACGACUUCACCAACUUCACGCCCAUCGUGAAGGAGGAGCUGCGUCUGGCCAUCCAGACCAAGCGUCUGUCCAACGGGCUCAGCGCAGACAUGAGCUCCGACGGCGCCAGCUCCGGCUCGGAGCGAGCCUGGGAGUGCCGCGCCGGUGGAUCUGGAGGGAAGAGAGAGACCACACCUCAGGAACUCGAGAGGAGGAAGAGACGGAGGGAGAGGAACAAGGUCGCUGCCGCCAAGUGCCGCAACAAGAAGAAGGAGAAAACUGAGACUCUGCAGCAGGAGUCAGAGAAGCUGGAAAGCGUCAACAGCGACCUGAAGGCUCAGAUCGAGGAGCUGAAGCAGCAGAAGCAGCAGCUGGUCUACAUGCUCAACCUGCACCGGCCGACCUGCAUCGUCCGAGCCCAGAACGGCCAGACGCCCGAGGACGAGAGGAACCUCUUCCUCCAACACAUCAAGGAGAGCACCUUGCAGCUCCACAACCUCACCUCCUCCACCAACACCACCACCACCUCCUCGUCCUCGUCCAUCUCCACGCUGUCGCCUCUCGACGGAGGACUUCUGACCCUCGAUCACAUUCACUUUCUCGGUCACCUAUGAGCGACCGGGUGCCACUUCUCAUAGACUUGCAUUGCCGCCAUCGGCGCAGCAGAGGAUGUUGGAGCGGCUGCUGGAGCCGAGAACAGACUUGCGACCCGAGAAUGACAGUGACUCUCUAUAAACGCCAUUCAGGAUGACUCCUCGGUCUCAUUCACUGUUCACGAAGCUGCUAGAGAGACCUCAGCACCUCCCACUCCCUGAAGCUGCUGAUGGGACAGGAAGUGUCCACAGCAACUUGACAUGUAUUACUCCUUUUUGUUUUGUUUCAAACAUUACAAAUAGUCAUGGCCAAGGACAGAUGCCAAACCACGAAAAAACAAAAACAUCUCUUUUUUGUUUUUAAUUUACUGGUAUUUUGAAAAGAUGAAAGUUAUAUUUUUCUUUUUUGUACCAAAGUGUGAUUGCAAGGUGAUCAAGGCACAUCAGCUAAACGUUCACCUGAAUAGAAAGCAGAUGGACCGUGAGUGUGCACAGACCGAGUGGGUUUUGAGCUGCAAGACUUAAAAAAAAAAAAAAAAAAAAAGUCUGUGUAUGAAAAAUUGUAUAUUUAUUUAGUAACUACUGUAUGACAUGUCAUUGCCGUAUCAACCCUGUUUACGUGUCCUUUAUACAACAUGAACUACUAAAUUUGCUGCUACUACUAACCACUCAGGACCUGUGCUGUGCUGUAGAGGUUUCAGGUUGUCUGCUAUCAGGGCCGCAGUUACAAAAGGGAAAUGUACUUUGCAGGCAGGGGUUAGAAUUAUGCACUUAAUAAAAAAGGAAAGUAAAAAAAAUGACAAUAUAAUAAUUCAUGCAGAUGAUAGCUUACUUUUCUGGCAACCAAACUUGUCCCAAAAACAAAAAGCCUGUAUAGAAGUACACUUUGUUUUAUCACUGCGUCCCCUCUUAAGGUAAACAGAGUGUUGCAUUUUAAAUCUUCCGUGACGAUGAAGCUCCACAAGUACGAGUGUUAUGUUUUCUAGAGACGUUCCAAUACCGUUUGUUUCUUCCCAAUACCGAUUUCGAUACCUGAACUUUCAUAUCAGCUGAUACCAAGUACCGAUCCGAUACCAGUGCUCUAAAAACAAAAUAAAGUUAAACAAGUCAAAAUUCCCUUUUUAUAUUUUUGUGAAAAUGUCCUCAAACUGUAUUCAUUCAAAUUAACAAGAUUACAUUUGAACAAAUCAUUGACAAUAUAAUUCACCUUCACCCCAAAUGAUUUUUUUUUACUGACUAUAGCUCGAACGCAUCAUAAUGUAACUCUAAUGCAACCUCCGUACGUUGGCUGUUGGCUCCGUUAUGUACUAGUAGGACUGUGCUGCUAACGGCUAACGUUAACUAGCUCUCCUCCUGCCGAUUUCAACGUGGUUGUGUUGUUCACAAUGUAAUGUUAUCUGGGAUGAACAGGGUGCACAAUGAUUGUUUAAGCACAGGUGUGUAGUACUAGUUUGUACAGAUAGCGGGUGAUGUGUCCUUGUGGUUCCUGUGUAUUGUGAGCUGAUAAAUGAUAUAACU